UAGGAUGAAAAGACACUAUUGAAUGAAGGGUUUAUAACUGGCUGAGGGACUUUGUCAAGGUUUAUAGAUUAUAGAAAAUGAGCCACUAGAGUGGAUGAAAAGGAAGUAGGAAAAAAUGCUUUAAUAAGUUACAGGAGUGAAGUCAUAGACCUAGCAGAAGGGCCAUGUGGUCAGUUGAAUUUAAGUCAUUAAGGAGCUUGAAUAACAUAAAUAAAUCAACUAGAGCUAUUAUGAUCCCCAGCCUACUACCUAUGACUUGCUCUUUGAUUCAAACUCUCUUUCAGGCAGGCUCAUUGUCACUCAUCAUGGGCUGCACCCCUAAUGCUUCACAUUCUCCAGUCUUCUUGCUCCUUGGGUUCUCAAAAGCUAGAGUCUCCCCAGGUCUCCUUUUCUUCCUGUUCCUGGCUAUUUACCUGGUCACCAUAAUAGGGAACAUGACUCUAAUGCUGCUUAUCUCCAGGGACUCCAGGCUCCACUCACCUAUGUAUUAUCUGCUCCGUGGUCUCUCCACGAUAGACAUGGGGCUGUCCACAGUCACCCUGCCCCAGUUGUUGGCCCAUCUGGUCUCUAAUUACCCAGCCAUUUCUGCUGCCCGCUGCUUGGCCCAGUUCUUUUCCUUCUAUGCAUUUGGAGUUACGGAUACACUUGUUAUUUCUGUCAUGGCUCUAGAUCGUUACGUGGCCAUCUGUAAUCCCCUACACUACCAUUCAAUGAUGAAUCGCCAACUCUGUGCCUUCUUACUGGCCUUGAGCUGGGUGGUGUCUAUAGUGCACACCAUGCUGCAUGUGGGACUUCUCUUGCCUCUUUACUGGGCUGGGGAUGCUGAGGGCAAUGUUAAACUUCCCCAUUUCUUUUGUGACCACCGACCACUUCUGCGAGCCUCUUGCUCUGACAUACGUUCCAGUGAGCUGGCCAUAUUCUUGGAGGGUGGCUUCCUCAUGCUAGGUCCCUGUGCCCUCAUUGUACUCUCCUAUGCUCGCAUUGGGGCCACCAUCCUACGUUUGCCUUCAGCUGCUGGUCGCCACCGUGCAGUCUCUACCUGUGGAUCCCACCUCACCAUGGUUGGCUUCCUCUAUGGCACCAUCAUUUGAGUCUACUUCCAGCCUCCUUCCCAGAACUCUCAGGAAAAGGACAUGGUGGCUGCUGUGAUGUGCACUUCCAUUACACCUUUGGCCAACCCUUUUGUGUACAGCCUUCGCAACAAGGAUGUCAAGAGUGCACUUCACAGGCUGCUUGGACGGGGGAGGGCGGACUCCUGAUAAGCCUGCUGAAGAGCCAUUUUGGUUAGUUAAGGAAAGCAGUGGGAAGGUUUGAGCAUGGCUGGUUUUGGAGAGACGAGGGAAGGAUGGCCUGGCUAACUUAUGGAACUCCAGAUUCAGCUCGUGAUGUGGUGAUCUGACAGAGCGGUGAACACACGCCACACGUGCUCAGGGCUCCUCAUCAGCCUGCCUUGGGAACCCCUUCCCCAGACCGUUUACCUUCAGUUAUCAAAGUGGAUAAUAAUGAGUCACUAGGCCACAGUUUUGAAGAAAUAUGAGAAUAUUACUGUGAAAUCUGAACUGAAGCAGAGACAGUGAAGUUAAUUAGGUCACGUCUAACUUGAUGUGCUUGCUUGUGGGAAGUGUGCUGGUGUAUAUCAGAAAGUUAGGGGAAGGGAACAGUUUAGGUAAAUAGGGAUGGCAAUUUUACACCUGUUCCACUCAGCGAAUAUUGGCCCAAAAGUGAACGUGAAAGGGGCCAUGAUUCUGCUAUUCCACAUCUUAGCCUCAGUUUCUAUGGGCUUGUCAUAGUGUGAGCAUCUUAUUCUGAUGUGUGUAAAUUCUAUUUCAUAUAUUUUAAAUUAAUUUUAUUUACAUUUUCAUAAGAUAUACAAAGAAAAUGCAAAGCUAAGUACUCUGCUGCAUAAGGAACUAUAAAACAAGGAACAGUGAACUAUUUCAACAAUGAAGAAAACAAAUUGGCUGUGCUUAUUAGCUUCUUGGGAGCUGGACAUUGACUUCUAUUUUGCUAGCUCUUAUGAGAUUUACAGUGAUAAUUAAAAAUACUUCUUGAGCUCCUUUUUUAUUGAAGUAUAAUUGACACACAGUGUUACAUUAGUUUGAGGUGUACAACGUAGUGGUUUGAUAACUGUAUGUUAUGUUGUGCUCACACAAGUGUAGCUACCGGGCGCCUGGGUGGCUCAGUCGUUACGCGUCUGCCUUCGGCUCAGGUCGUGAUCCCAGGGUCCUGGGAUCGAGUCCCGCAUCGGGCUCCCUGCUCGGCAGGAAGGCUGCUUCUCCCUCUCCCACUCCCCCUGCUUGUGUUCCUGCUCUCGCUAUCUCUUUCUCUGUCAAAUAAAUAAAUAAAAUCUUAAAAAAAAAAAGUGUAGCUACCAUCUG